AUGAGCUAUCAUCAAAAAUCCAGCGAUGAGGAGCCGAAAAAAUCGGUGAAAGAGAUGUUGGCAGAAUUUCAGAGCAAGCUGGAUUAUGACGAUAAUCGCUUUCGGAAGCCGCCGGCGCCUCCGGCUCAUCGCCGGGCUCCGCCCCCUCCGCCCCCGCCGCCUCAUCGAAAACUUUCGGCUCCGCCCCCUUUGGCUCCGCCCCCUUCGAUCCCAACGCCUUCUCCGUCGAUUCCACCGGAUGAUGACGUGGAAAAUGACCUAGAAGAAACAUUAAAACAACCGGAAAAUGAAGAAAUUGACGAAUUUCAGCAAAAUUCAGAACUACGAAAAAGUUUGGGUCCAAAACCAAAAUUAGCACCAAAACCGCUAUUUUUGAAUGGAAAUUUGCUCCCAACGUCUAGUUCAACAUCGGACAUCCCGACAAACCGACAUCCGGACAUCCCGCCACCACCACCUCGAUCCGCAUGUACAACACCGACAAUUCUAGUGUUUCCAGCGACUUCUGACUAUUCGAAUGGCGGAUUCUUUGAUUCAAAUUGUGAAAAUGGAGGGACUAAUGUAAAGGAUAAGGCUAGGCAGUUGGUUAACUUGGGUUUUGUGCCGAGGAGGAGUAAUGGAGAUUACAGUACUCCGGUGGAGAGACCAAUCUCUCAAGUAUCAUCAACCUUAUCACAAGUAAGUGAUGAAUUCGAUGACGGCGGUGAUACGACAGAUGAGGAAUUGAAUAAUGAGGAGAAACAGUUGAAAAGGCACCGACAUGAGGAUGAUUUUGACGAAAUACAAAUCAAUAAUCAGAGAAAAACGACGUCGGCAUUGGAAACGACGCAUUCAGGAGUGAUUCAACAAAUGGAAAGUUUGAUGAGCCAAAUUUGUCAAAAAAUGACCCUAAAAUCAAAUAUUCGUUUCAGAGACAAACAAUCGAAGACCAAUGGAAAAAAGCCGCAGCGACGACAGUCGAAUAUCGAUGAAAUUCCAUCGGAUGUCGGCAAAUUGAGAGAUAAUCGAAAAGGUCGCCACAACUCUCUGUUCCCGGUCCCAUCAUCCGAAUACUCAUCCCAAUCGACAGAUGAUUGCUCGAGAAUCCAAAGUAUGACAUCAGAUGAUCGAUCAUCGAUUGUUUCUUCCUCAACUGUUUCAAAUGGGGCGAAGUCAGCGGAUUUUGUAUUUGAAUGCCCGCCCAUUCCUGAUUAUGAUACAGGAUCAGAGGAGGAGGAUCAACGAUUGAAGAAGCUGCACUAUGCGGCUGUUGAAUUUUUGAAAGUUCAGGCCAAUUACGUACAGUAUCUGAAGGAAAUGGCUGAGCUCUACCCGGAAUUCCUGAAAUUGUACAGUGUUACACACAAAACUGACAAUCUCCUGGGACCACACAACGGCCAGGAGAAUGUGGUUCUUCAAAUUAAAAAAAUCCUGCUCCAAAUCCUUCCGAUUCACGAGAUGCUCCUGAAAGAAGUGGAUACAGUAUGCCAGAAAUGGGAUUCCCAGAAACCGAAUAUGAGCAAAGCGAUCGGAAUGUAUGCCGACUUUUUAAAGUGUUGCCAGCCGUUUUUGGAUAAAAAAGCGGAGAUUAUAGCGAGAUUAGUGCAGUUGAGACAGGAGGAUCGGGUGUUUGAUGAGGCCACUUAUCAGUUCGAACUAAAAAAAUUCAAGCGCGGCAAAAAGGGUGCCGUCAUUCAGCAGCUGGACCAAGUCCAUCAGAAUUUCAUGAGAUAUAAAUUGCUCAUGCUUCGCUAUUCGGAGUAUUUGGUCCCAGGAUCUGAGGAGAAAAAGAAUGCAGAGGAGGCGAUUGCGAAAUUGGAAUCAGUCACACAGACGGUUAAUCAGAAGAUGGGCCUACCAACGACUGAUGAUUUGACGAAACUGUAUUAUCGGUUUCAGAGAAUGGAAGAUGACGAGUAUGUGAAGUGUUUGAUGGUUCGGAGCAAGGUCAAAUCGGCUCUUUUCAUUUUUCAAUCGGAAAAAGAGCGGAAUGCGUGGGCGGAUGAUUUGGCGAAAGCGCAAUUUGAACGGAAAUCCUAUAAGAAACGGAAAUCAAAUGCCGCACAUCUUCAUGAUGAUCGAUUGCACAAAAUGGGCAAGGUCCUACUGGAAAAUGGCGAAAUUCAAGAAUCCAAAUUAAUAAUUCCCGAAGAUCCUAUGAUGAGACCUCAAAUGAUUGGUGGAGCAUCUCGAAGCGAGUCUGGGUCACAAGAUGAACUAUCAUCUGUCCCAGUGACACCACUGGAUAAUGGACAAUUUGAUGAUGGAAAUGGAAUAUUCGAGGGAAUCAUUCAGAAAAAUGGAGGCGGAUCGAAGAAACAGGCGGUGGCUGAUGUGAUUAAGCCUGUCUGGCUACCGGAUAAUGCAUCAAAUGAGUGUCUGAUGGAGGGUUGCUCGACGGAAUUCAAUUUAAUUAUGCGGAGACAUCAUUGUAGAGAUUGUGGAUGGCUCAUCUGCAAAUACUGUAAAGGACAAGCGCCGCUGGCGAAGUACGAGUUUCGAAAGGAGAACGUGUGUUCCGAGUGCUACGAUAAGCAGUUUGAGACUUACAAAGCUGGAACGCUAUUCCCGACACGAAACAUUGUAAUUCAAAGCGACGGAACGCACAUGGUGAAAAUUGGAAAACGCGAUCAACAAGAGGUGGUGGACCCGCGAAAACUGUUCAAAGCGCCUGUGAAUUUUGGAUUUCGACACCGGAAUGUUGACGAGAAGCGAGCCGGAGCGAUAGUGUUUGGAAAAGUGCAUUUGAGAAAUCGAAAAUCGGAACUAAUUCGUUAUGCACUCCUCCGUCGGGACGAUUUGAAAUUGGUGUUCCAUAAAGCGGAAUUAGACUCAAAAUCCGUGUUCGAAGUAUUGAUUUAUGGUUAUUUCUACCGGGAAAUUCAUCUAGACGAUGGAAAUGGAUGGAUUUUUGAGCUGAUUCAUCGAAAUCAAAUACGAACUGAUGAUACGAAAGAUGACGUCAUUUCGUUUAGGGUUGAUAACGAAACUAGUGCAAAGAAGUGGUCGGCUGCGUUCGCUGAUAAAUUAGAGAUGGAUCCCACUUUUAAGCCUUGA